AUGGAUAGCACUUUCCUUCGUGCUUUCAUUCGAUGGAAAGAGGCGCAGGCGUGGCUGCGUCUGCAACGCAAACUGAAGAAACGCAUGCGAGAGUUGCGCGGGUUGCGAGAAGCCCAGGAGAAGAAGGCGGAGAGUCAGGCCAAGGCGCGGCGGCGAAUACAGAGGUCCGUGAAGAGGAUCGUCAACGGCCACAGUGAUGCCGAGCGGAAGAGAGUCAAGGAGAAAUAUCUCAUGAGGCAUCAUGCGGAAGCGAACGAGGCGACGAGUGGAUGCAAACAGUGUGACCCGGCGGCCUGGAAGAGAUGUGCCUUUGCGAACUGGGACUUUGGACUUCCGGGCCCGGGUGGUGAGAGGGAGAUCAAUACUUUGGAUUUGCUGGAUUGA